GCCGGCUAGAGCGCGCCGGGGCUUUCGGUACCCCCGGCGUUCUCGGCCGCUUCCCUCUUCUCUCCCCGCCCCUGGGCCUCCGCACUGACGCCGUCCGGGCGGGAGCCGAGCCGGAGUCGGAGUCGGAGCCGGAGCCGCAGAGACGUGGAAACAUGGAGGCCUGAGCCGGUGUGCGCCAACCCGGCUGCGGCGGCGACCGCGGCUUGUUCUGUCCUCUCUGCCACCCGUUCGUCCGUCCGUGAGCUGGAAGCGGAUCUCCCCGCCGGCUGAGACAGGUUGUCUUGUGGAAAUGAAGGUUUAAGGACAAGUUAUCUACCAGAUUAAAAGAUGGGAUCGAAUAGCAGCAGAAUUGGUGAUCUUCCUAAAAAUGAGUACUUAAAAAAGUUAUCAGGCACAGAAUCUGUCUCUGAGAAUGACCCGUUCUGGAAUCAGCUACUGUCAUUUUCUUUCCCUGCACCAACUAGCAGUACCGAGUUGAAGCUCUUGGAGGAGGCAACCAUUUCAGUCUGCAGGUCUUUAGUUGAAAACAAUCCUCGAACAGGAAACCUUGGUGCACUAAUUAAGGUCUUCCUGUCUAGAACCAAAGAACUAAAACUUUCAGCAGAAUGUCAGAACCACAUCUUCAUUUGGCAGACACACAAUGCUUUGUUUAUUAUUUGCUGUUUGCUGAAAGUGUUCAUUUGUGAGAUGUCAGAGGAAGAGUUACAACUUCAUUUUACUUAUGAAGAAAAAUCUCCUGGCAGUUACAGUUCUGACUCAGAAGAUCUUUUGGAAGAAUUGCUGUGCUGUUUGAUGCAGUUAAUCACUGAUAUUCCACUCUUAGAUAUUACAUAUGAAAUAUCAGUAGAAGCUGUGUCAACAAUGGUGGUUUUCCUUUCCUGCCAACUCUUCCACAAGGAAGUUUUGCGACAGAGCAUCAGUCACAAGUAUUUGAUGCGAGGUCGAUGCCUCCCAUAUACCAGCAAACUUGUAAAGACCUUGUUGUAUAACUUCAUCAGGCAAGAAAAGCCGCCUCCUCCAGGAGCACACGUUUUCCCUCAGCAGUCAGAUGGGGGAGGGCUGCUGUAUGGACUGGCGUCAGGAGUAGCAACUGGACUCUGGACUGUUUUCACACUGGGCGGUGUGGGCAGCAAAGCGGCCGCUGCUCCAGAAGUUUCUUCCCCUCUGGCCAACCAGAGUCUCCUGCUUCUGCUGGUGCUGGCCAACCUGACAGAUGCUGCAGAUGCACCAAACCCCUACAGACAGGCCAUCAUGUCCUUUAAGAAUACACAAGAUAGCAGUCCUUUCCCCUCGUCAAUUUCACAUGCUUUCCAGAUUAACUUUAACAGUUUGUAUAUGGCCCUAUGUGAACAGCAGACAUCUGAUCAAGCAACUCUCCUCUUGUAUACAUUGCUCCAUCAGAAUAGUAAUAUUAGAACAUACAUGUUGGCUCGCACAGAUAUGGAAAAUCUUGUUUUACCAAUUCUCGAGAUUCUGUAUCAUGUGGAAGAAAGAAAUUCACACCAUGUCUAUAUGGCCCUUAUAGUAUUGUUGAUCCUUACAGAAGAUGAUGGCUUCAAUAGAUCCAUUCACGAAGUGAUGUUAAAAAAUAUUACUUGGUAUUCAGAACGGGUUUUAACUGAAAUUUCACUGGGGAGUCUCCUGAUACUGGUUGUAAUAAGAACUAUUCAGUACAACAUGACAAGGACACGAGACAAGUACCUUCACACAAAUUGUUUGGCAGCUUUAGCAAAUAUGUCGGCACAGUUUCGUUCUCUCCAUCAGUAUGCUGCCCAGAGGAUCAUCAGUUAUACCUGCCGCCACUUGCGGAGAUAUGUUUAUGUGUUGGACAAACUGUAUUUCCCCCACUCUCACUGUUCUACGCUUCAACGUUGCUUCUCGACCCUCAGUGACAAUGGAGAGGAACUCUUGUCUUUAACUUGCUCUCACAUUCUCAGAUCCUAUGCUUCCAGCUUGUUUUCCUUGCUGUCUAAAAAACACAACAAAGUUCUGGAACAAGCCACACAGUCCUUGAGAGGUUCGCUGAGUUCCAGUGAUGUUCCUCUACCAGAUUAUGCACAAGACCUAAAUGUCAUCGAAGAAGUGAUUCGAAUGAUGUUAGAGAUCAUCAACUCCUGCCUGACAAAUUCUCUUCAUCACAAUCCAAACUUGGUGUAUGCACUUCUUUACAAACGAGAUCUCUUUGAACAAUUUCGAACGCAUCCUUCAUUUCAGGAUAUCAUGCAAAAUAUUGAUCUGGUGAUCACCUUCUUUAGCUCGAGGUUGCUACAAGCUGGAGCUGAGCUGUCAGUGGAACGGGUCCUGGAAAUCAUCAAGCAAGGGGUCGUCGCACUGCCCAAGGAUAGGCUGAAGAAAUUUCCAGAACUGAAAUUCAAAUAUGUGGAAGAGGAGCAGCCCGAGGAGUUUUUUAUCCCCUAUGUCUGGUCCCUGGUGUACAACUCAGCGGUAGGCCUGUACUGGAACCCGCAGGACAUCCAGCUGUUCACUAUGGAUUCCGACUGAGGACGGGACGCCGUCUCCCACCCUGACCCCCUCCAGCCAAGCAACCUUCUAGUUAUUUUCUUUCUGGGGAACAGAGGUAGACAGAUUCCCUGGUGCGUCUUCUAUUAAAGAGGAACACACAGGCGUGUUUCCCUUGCACACUUGGGUUUGGAGAAUUGGUGCCAGCUGGCAGUAGAUCACUCAGUUUAGAUUAUAGUGCAAAAAAGGGGAGGGGAGUUACACAACAAUAAUAAAUGUAAAAACCUGCUAUUUCACAUGCAAUUUUAUUUCUAAACCAAAACUCUAGAGCUUUUCCAGGAACCUGAUGCCUUAGGCAUAUAACUUUACCAGUACAUACUUCUUUUUCUUUUCUUUUCUUUCUUUUUUUUUUUGUUUUCCCCCUGCAUGUUCAGGAUUUUUGUUUUGGUCGUGUGUGUGUGUGUUUCAACAUUGAGAAGUAUCAACCUGAAAAGAUGACAAGACAGGAAUUAAUAAGGAAAUGAAGCCGUGUGUGCAUGCAGUUGCCUUUCAGAAGGCCCGUGAUAUAAGCCUGGGCGGUUGGAUAUAAGCCUUUAGAUCCCUGGCAUCUUUCCCUCAAAGAAAGAAGUGGCUCCUUCUCAUGAAGCCCAGAUUAGCUUUUUUGUGGAUUUGGCCUCUGAGCUGUAGCUGAAUUAAAUUGGAGUCUAGCACAAAUUAAGUUAAUCUACUCUGUAUUAAUCAUUGGGAAAAGAAAAGCUUCAUUUUGAAAGCAAUCUUUUUUCUUCAACCAGACUAAUAGGAGAAAAAGGAGACCAAUUUGAUUAAUACAGUAUUCCACAUGAGAGUAAACACAUGUUUUUCUCUCCACUUCUGACUUUGUUUAAACUCUUUGGGGCCUGUGUGAUCGCAGUUGUCUCCCUGAGCUUCUCUGAGGGAAACAGCCGCUGGGGUCGCCCUGAGCAGAGCAGUGGGCACUGAGGACAGAGGGGACAGGCCUUUCGAGUCACGCUCUAGGUCCAUGGCCACCCCUUCACGGUCUAGUUUCACUCUCAAAGACACAAAAAGUACUUGCUUUUCUGCAUAGGAAGCACAUAAUCCCAGAUGAGACCGAGCACCCGUUUCAGCCUGCCGUUGCCUAAUCUGUAUCAGAGGCAGCUUCUCUCCCCUGUCCCUGUGUCCCGGACCUGGAGGCUGGAGUCAUUUUGGUUCAUCACCGUCUUCUGAGGGUCUGGGAGGAGCCAUCUUCUGUCACACCGAGCUCUGGAAAAGGCUGAAAACAUGACCUGUCAGUGCACGUCCAUGUAGUUUCCACUCUUGACAAGCCUGGCUGCUUCAUCCUCUCAGCAGCACCUGAGGUCGGCCAGGCGGUCUCACUUCCAUCAGGACAGGGGCUGAGACCGGAGCUCCCUGCGGCUGACCGCCUGAGGAAGGGCCAUCACUGGCGGGCGGACCCAGGAGGCGCGUGCGGCCUGCCCGCUGCUUCCUCGGCCUCAGGCCUCUGACGUGUCUCCAGGAGUGGCUGGGGACUCUGGUACUUCACUGAAGGUCGCAUGGACGGGGCCUCAGACCCGCAGAUGAGUCGUGUGAAGCGCUUCUGCUUAGUCUGGCUCGUGGGGAGAGGCAGUUUGAAGGUGGAAGGAGGAAUCCUCCAGUCAGAAAGGGGAAAUGAUUGGAUUAUCAUUUCAGGUAGCAAUUAUUUUUAUUUCCUAUAUGGGAACGUGAUAUAUAGCUUUAAUUUGUUUCCAAAGCACUUGGAUCUGCUUUCCUUCAUUUAAACCAAAACACAAUUUUUAAAGGGUCACGUGGAGCAGCUGAGCCCCUGGUAAGACCCCAGAACUAACCUAGGAGGCUGAGGACUGGGAAGUGCCAUGGGGCAGUCACUGGGCUGCAGGACUGUCAGUUCUUGUGACAGGAGGAGAUAUGGUCCCCCAGAACUCGGUCAUAGAGCGCAAACUACCAAGGAAGCCUUGAUCGAGGGAGUCCUGCAGUCUCUUCCCCAGGCCACCUGGCUCACCAGGUGCCCCCAAGCCCCGUUCUCUGGCAGUGUCCUCUCCCUCCCUCCCCGCCACUUUUAAUUAACCACACAGUAGAAGUGCUCACUGGCCUAAAAGCUCAGCUAGGGCUACAGCCUCGGAGGAAGUGUGUGAGUACACACUCCCAGACACCACUGCGUCACUGCUUCCACUCUGCAAAUCCACCAGGAGUCUCCUCUUUAUUUUUGUGGAAGAUUUAUUACAUGACAAUAAAUUUAAAUGAUAAACUUGAA